GUUGAUAUGGUUGCUCGAACAGGAAUGUAGGUUGAUUCCUCUCGGCGGCGGCGACGACAUGGCUGAAGGGAGUGAUGCGAGGGCGUGGGAGGAGCUGAUCCCCGAUGCCCUGGGCCUCAUCUUCCGCAACCUCCCUCUCCAAGAGAUCCUCACCGUUAUUCCUAGGGUCUGCAAAUCGUGGUCGCGGGUAGUGUUGGGCCCCUACUGCUGGCAGGAAAUCGACAUCGACGAGUGGAGCCAGCACUGCAAGCCAGAGCAACUCGAUAAAAUGCUUCACAUGCUCAUAGAUCGCAGCUGUGGCUCCUUCCGCAGGCUCAGUGUUUCGGGCCUCCAUACCGAGUCCAUGUUCACCUUAAUUGCAGACCAUGCUGGUUCCCUUCAGAGGUUGGAGCUUCCAAGAAGUGAAAUGAACGAUGCCAUUGUCAAACUUGUUGCACCAAGAUUGUGCAAUUUGACUUACUUGGAUGUCAGCUACUGCUCAAAGAUAGGUGCUUGUGCGAUCGAAGCAAAUAUGAGCGGACAACAGGAGAACGUUGCAGCUCCAAAGUUGAAUGAAAGGAUAUUGUCGUCAUUGUCCAAGAGAUCAGUGGAUGUCCAUCCUUGGCAUGAUCUUGAAACAAGUAAAGAGGCCCCUUUGUGUUCAAUGUGGUAA